AUGGAGGAAGAGCUCGCGUACAAGAUCAUAGUCAUUGGCGAUGUUGGUGUCGGAAAGAGCAACGUGUCGUCGCGGUACUGCGACGGUGUCUUCUACGAUGACAUCGUCCCGACGAUCGGUGUAGAUUUCAAGUACUGCCACAGCACCACGCUAGGGAAGCCUUCACGCUCUGUGAGGCUGCAGGUCUGGGACACAUCCGGCCAAGAUCGCUUCGUUACUCUUACAACUGCGUUCUACCGCAACUGCAACGGCGUCAUGCUCUGCUUUGAUCUGACCAACCGCACCUCCUUUGAGGGCCUCGACGCCUGGUACAACCGCCUCAAGGCAAACUGCUCCGAAAUGCCGCCUGUUAUUCUGGUUGGCUGCAAGCUCGACCUCGUGCAGCGCAGUGACGUGCAGGAUGGCGGCAUUGCACUUGGGAGCCACCGGCAGAUUGAGCGCAGCGAGGCGGAUGCGUGGGCACGGAGUCACAACUGUUUUUGCUAUCUGGAAACAAGCGCGAAGGACAACACGAACAUAUCGGAGGUAUUUCAGCAACUCGCAACGUAUGUGGCGCGAAAUACAACCCUGACGGUGGAGGGAUCUCGUAGCGGCGUCACCGGACGCAACGGGCGUCCGGCACACCGUGAGACAGAAAAGAAGAGGAGCUGCUGCGGUUCAUUCUAA